CCUGCGCACAGGCUCCGCGAGCUGCGCUCUGCGUGGGGACCGGAAAGGGCUCCCUCGGGGAGCGCGGAGCCGUGUGUCCGCGAACGUGGACGGGGGGAACACGCGCGAAUACAGAAGGGGGGUGUGGGGUCUCCACGGCCCUUUGCCACCCAGCACGCGCCAGCGGAUUCUGACCGAGUCCUGGUCACACGAGCUCGCCUGCGCAGCCCCCUGGGAAACAGACCUGGAAUUCCUGCUGGGAGGAGGGUGGGGGGAGGGGAGCCAGCAGGGAUUCCAGAGUUCCUGCCAUAGGCCGGCCUUUUCGCCAUCGGCCUGGACAAUUCAUGCUGUGACCUUAGCAGUGGAGGAAGUGACCCCCAAACGCGGCCCUGUGCUUCCUUGGUGAAGGGGGUAAGGCUGGCCUCUCUGCCCUCAGAGGUCUGAGCUCUGCCAUGGGGGUAGGGGUGUCUUUACUGCUGCAGUUUUCUCUGACGUCUGGGGACUACCAGAGUGUGGGCGGAAGCAGGCGCUCCAGCCGCAGGCACAUCCCCGGGAGGAGCUGGAAAGAGCCUCAUCUCCAGCUCCACAGCCUCCAGGCAGAGGAAGAACCGAUGCUGGAACGUCGCUGCAGGGGCCCCAUGGCCAUGGGCCCCGCCCAGCCCCGACUCCUUUCUGGGCCCUCCCAGGAGUCGCCCCAGACCCUGGAGAAGGAGCCCCAAGGGCUGAGGUCACAAGGCACUGCUGUGGCCCAGUCGGGCAGCCAGGCCCUAGGUCGGGCCCAUCGUUGUGCCCACUGUCGAAGGCACUUCCCGGGCUGGGUGGCCCUCUGGCUUCAUGCCCGGCGCUGCCAGGCCCGGCUGCCCCUGCCCUGUCCCGAGUGUGGCCGUCGCUUCCGCCACGCCCCUUUCUUGGCACUGCACUGCCAGGUCCAUGCCGCCGCCACCCCAGACCUGGGCUUUGCCUGCCACCUCUGCGGGCAGAGCUUCCGAGGCUGGGUGGCCCUGGCUCUGCACCUGCUGGCCCACUCGGCGGCAAAGCGGCCCGUCGCCUGUCCCGACUGCGAGAGACGCUUCUGGCGGAGAAAGCAGCUGCGGGCCCAUUUGCGGCGCUGCCACCCCCCGGCGCCCGAGGCUCGGCCCUUCAUAUGCGGCAACUGUGGCCGCAGCUUCGCCCAGUGGGACCAGCUGGUUGCUCACAAGCGGGUUCACGUGGCCGAAGCCCUGGAGGAAGCGGCGGCCAAGGCCCUCGGGCCUCGGCCUCGGGGCCGUCCGGCGGUGACCGCGCCCCGGCCCGGUGGAGACGCCGUCGACCGCCCCUUCCAGUGUACCUGCUGCGGGAAGCGCUUCCGCCACAAGCCCAACCUGAUCGCCCACCGCCGCGUGCACACAGGCGAGCGGCCCCAUCAGUGCCCCGAGUGCGGGAAGCGCUUCACCAAUAAGCCCUACCUGACCUCGCACCGGCGCAUCCACACGGGCGAGAAGCCCUACCCGUGCACCGAGUGCGGCCGCCGCUUCCGCCACAAACCCAACCUGCUGUCGCACAGCAAGAUCCACAAGCGCUCCGAAGGGUCUGCCCAGGGUGCCCCCCGCUCGGGGAGCCCCCAGCGUCCCGCCGGCCCCCCGGAGCCCUCGUCAGAGCCCGCCCCGGAGCCCCCGCUGAAGCCGGCGCCGGAGCCUUUGGAGGCCCCAGGGGAGCCCCCCGGCCACCAGGCGGAGGCCCCGCCCUCUCUCUACAGCUGCGAGGACUGUGGGCGGAGCUUCCGGCUGGAGCGCUUCCUGCGGGCCCAUCAGCGGCAGCACACGGGCGAGCGGCCCUUCACCUGCGCCGAGUGCGGGAAGAACUUCGGCAAGAAGACCCACCUGGUGGCCCACUCCCGGGUCCACUCAGGCGAGCGGCCCUUUGCCUGCGAGGAGUGCGGGCGCCGCUUCUCCCAGGGGAGCCACCUGGCCGCCCACCGGCGCGACCACGCGCCGGAGCGGCCCUUCGUCUGCCCGGACUGCGGGAAAGCUUUCCGCCACAAGCCCUACCUGGCCGCCCACCGGCGCAUCCACACCGGCGAGAAGCCCUACGUCUGCCCUGACUGCGGCAAAGCCUUCAGCCAGAAGUCCAACCUGGUGUCGCAUCGGCGCAUCCACACGGGCGAGCGCCCCUACGCCUGCCCUGACUGCGACCGCAGCUUCAGUCAGAAGUCCAACCUCAUCACCCACCGCAAGAGCCACAUCCGGGACGGCGCCUUCUGCUGCGCCAUCUGUGGCCAGACCUUUGACGACGAGGAGAAGCUCCUGGCCCAUCAGAAGAAGCAUGAUGUCUGAGGGGGCAGGGGCGGCGGGGGCCGAGGGAGGUCGGGCCUGGACGUCGUUCACACUGUGCCCUGUGCUACUGCUUGUAGGCAGGGAGGGGAGAGGAGGAGUGGCCUGCCCCGUUAGAGAGGGGGGUCCCCAGCCCCUGCAGUCAGGGAGUCCACUUGCAGAGCAGGGACCCCGGCCUCCAGCUGGUGUUUGCUAAGGCUCGGCCCUGACUGCCCUGCGCCCUGGAAAAGUAGCAAUAGCAGCUCCACCCACCCCUUAGAGCCCUCCGGCCGGAGGGGCCGCCAGUGGACAGGAAGACCCCUCUCCUCUGGUGGUAACGCCUUAAUGUCUCUGUCUCUUGCUGUGAGUUCCUUCAGCUCGUUUUCUGGAAGUACGUGUGGUUCAGUCCUUAGUGAAUGAGCGCCCGGGAGGAAAAGUGGACCAGAUGGAUACACCUGGGAGAACCUGCCGGCCUCGGUCGGCACCUGGGCCUUUUCCAGUACUGGGAGGCGAAGCCGAGCUGCUCUCGCCUGCCUCACCGCCUCCCCUCCGUCCUGCCCCUGCACAGGCACCCAGAUUUGGAGAGACCCAUCUACUGUUCGUUCUUGGCUCCCCUUCCUCCCAGAAGAUCCAGUCCCCCGCCCUGGGCAUUUCCCCAUCUGCCUGACUUGCUUUACCCACCGGCCUCCCAGUGCUUAGGGCAUCCCCUGGCUGUCAGCCGCCCUGCGUCAGGGCUUUUGUCUGAACACCGCAGCCUGCCUUCACUCCCUUCAGAACUCAGCAUGUAGUGGGGAGGACUGCCCCAUUGAUGACGGAGGGCCAGCUGAUGGGAAAUGGGGGUGAGUUUCCCCUUCAGCAUUUCUAGCGUCUGGAUGCCCAGCCUCUGCCUGAAUACUUAGGUGACAGGGAGUUUCCCCCCACCCCCCAGGCCCUGGUUCUAUUGUAGAAUAAUUCUGAUUGUUAGAGAUUCUUCCUUAUAAUGAAAGAAGUCUGCUUCCCUGUAAUUUCUACUGUUGGGCCUUGUUCUCUGGAACUAAACACACAACCACUUACCCUCCUUUUCAAACUAGAGAAUAAAGAUCUGGUUUUAGAA